AUGGAGCCCCUUCCCGACCCUAAACACGACCGCGUCGUCUCCUCUGUACAACCUCCUCCUGCUAAACCCCUCGCCUUUAAUGUCCUCUAUCCUCAGGGUCCUGAUAGUCCCCCAGAUUGGAGAGAAUUGCGGUCUCAUCUCCAAAGGGAGGGUCGAGUAUUUAAGGAAGAUUGUUUGGAGAUAAUCAGAAAAGUUACAGAAAUAACCAGCAAUGAACCUAAUCUACUUAGGCUUAGUGAUCCUAUUACAGUUGUUGGGGACAUCCACGGGCAAUACUAUGAUUUAUUAAAACUCCUUGAUGUAGGAGGAGACCCAGACACAACCCAGUAUUUAUUUUUGGGUGAUUAUGUAGAUCGUGCAGUUAUCAAUGGCAAAUUCCUCGCGCUGCAUGGAGGUCUCAGUCCGGAGCUAAAGGUGCUAAGCCAAAUAGGUGGCAUAAAUAGAUUCCAGGAGCCUCCUCGUGGGGGUUUGUUUUGUGACUUGUUGUGGGCUGAUCCAUUAGAUGAGGCCAGAGAGGAUGCAGAUGCACAAUUAGCACAGAGUACAGAUGGUGCAUUUAUACCAAAUGACGUUCGUGGUUGUUCAUUCUUUUAUGCAUAUUCAGCAGUUAGUUCUUUUUUAGAUAGGAAUGGUCUCCUUUCUGUCUUACGAGCACAUGAGGCACAAUUAGAGGGAUAUAAAAUGCAUCAAACUAAUCUUAAGACUGGAUUCCCUACUGUGAUAACAAUAUUCUCAGCGCCAAAUUAUUGUGAUGUUUAUAACAACAAAGGCGCAGUCCUCAAGUUUGAGAAUAAUACAUUAAAUAUUCAGCAAUUUAAUUAUAGUCCUCAUCCUUAUCAUCUCCCUAACUUUAUGGAUAUAUUUACUUGGUCUAUACCAUUUGUAUCCGAAAAGGUCACGGAAAUGCUUUAUGGCAUAUUAAACCCUUCAUUGGAGGAAGGAGAGGAAGAUGAAGAGAUUGAUAACGUGGUCAAGAUAAUGCAUGCCAACAUCGUGCUGGCAGAGGAAGGCAGCGCCCAAAGAAGUCGGCCUCCUAGUGCGGGUACACCCAUUAGCAGGGAGAGGGCAGAAGCCCUUCGUCGUAAAGUUCAAUCUGUUGGCCGAUUAAUGAGAGUAUUCAAGACUAUCAGGGAGGAGAACGAACUAAUUGUACAACUUAAGGGUUGCACUCCUGGGGAUCGGAUCCCCGUUGGCCUCCUUAUUCAGGGAAGACAGGGUCUGAAGAACGAACUGGAGAAGUUCCAAAACGCGAAGCAGAUCGAUGCUAUGAACGAAAGAAGACCAGAUGGGGCAACAAAGCGAUAG